GGCAAAUCUUUCCGAAUGCGGGCGCAUGUCAAUCACUGGGCUCUCAUGUGAUGGCUCUUGCCGGUGACGUGCCAGCCAUAUGGGCGCUGGCAUCGCAGCCUUAGCUGGUAUGUAACCCCUUCCCCGGUAGCUCACGGUUGCCAUACGUGCACUGACACACACACACACACUAUAUCUCUCUCUCUCUCUCUCUCGAUCUCAGUCACUCUCUCUGUCUCUCUCUCUCUCAUACUCUCACACACACAUACACACUCGCACACACGCGCGCGCGUUUACAUCCAUGCAUACAUGCCCUCACGCAUGCACACGCAGACACGCCAGGACGCCGGGACAGGAGGACGCACCGAGCGACCCAUCAGCGACAGGAAACGACAGCCGCGCGCCUCCCGCACCUGCACGUUGAAGGAGAGCGGUGCUUCGCUCGCUCGUGCGUUCCCGAAGAUGGUUUGAAACCGACGCGCGUGUUUUUUUUUCCCCCAUCCUCUCUGUUUUCGCCUCCCGUCUGUCGCGAAAAGCGAAAGCACAGAUUCACAAUGUUGACGAGGCUUUUCAGUGAUCCUUCGUUGCUUCCCGACGUGCAAAAAUACUCCGCCUGGGCGGAAGACAGCGAUGGAGACGACCACAAAAUCAAAGACGAAGACCAGGACGCUCAGGACGACAUGGAGGCCUCUGACAUGAGGGGAGACAGUCGGACGCAUUCAGAGCACGCCGGGGACGACGACGAGGACGACGACGUGGAAGAAGACGAGGACGGCGAGGAUACUGAGGGUGAAAGACCCAAGAAAAGGGGCCCCAAAAAGCGCAAAAUGACCCAGGCUCGGAUCGAGCGCUCCAAGAUGCGGAGGAUUAAGGCCAACGCCAGAGAGCGGACCCGGAUGCACGAUCUGAACUCUGCGCUUGACAAUCUGCGUAAAGUUGUGCCCUGCUACUCCAAAACGCAAAAACUGUCCAAAAUCGAGACGCUCCGAUUGGCAAAAAACUAUAUCUGGGCCUUGUCGGAGAUACUGCGUUCUGGGAAGAGGCCUGAUCUUGUUUCUUACGUCCAGACGCUGUGCAAGGGUCUCUCCCAGCCCACUACCAACCUGGUGGCGGGAUGCCUGCAGCUGAACUCCCGCAACUUCCUCACUGAGCAGCAGUGUCAGGACGGGGGCAGGUAUGGCUCCGGCUCCUUCUCCAUGAACUCCUACCCGUAUCAGUGCGCGCGUCUGUCCAGCCCCCACUGCCAGCCGGGCUCGAACUCGCAUCCGCUGAGGACGCACGGUUAUUGCUCGGCGUACGACUCCCUGUACGGUGGGAGCGGGUCACCGGAGUACAACAGCCCCGAGUAUGAGGGCCCUCACAGCCCGCCCCUGUGCAUCAACGGCAACUUUUCCCUCAAGCACCAAGGCUCUGCGUCCCCGGAGAACGAGAAGGGUUACCACUACUCUAUGCAUUACUCUGGCCUGCCUGGCUCCAGACCGGCUGGGGCCCACAAUCUGGUGUUUGGCUCCUCGGGGGCCCGGAGCGGCAUUCACUCUGAAAACGUCCUGCCUUACCACGACAUGCACUUACACCACGAGCGGGCCCCCGUCUAUGAUGAACUGAACGCGUUUUUUCACAAUUAAAAAGUGAAGCCCAUCAUGCGUCCUCUUGUUGUCAAAACCACCCACGGCACACUUUCGGACUAUAAGCCCGCCAGGAUCCAGACAGUAUCCUGGAUAUAAUAUUAAUAUUAUUAAUAAUAAUGAUAAUAAAACCUCUCACUCAUUGUUUUCAUUGGUGUUUUUUUUCUUUACCUGUCAACAUCCAGUCUGUUUUUGCUAUAGUCAGGGAUGUAGUGGAAGAAAACUUGAACUACAAUCUCAUUUUGCGCAAUAAAAGCUUCCCGUCCUUUGAAAGUGACCUGCAUUUCAAGAAGACUUCAUAAACAAACGACAUUAGAAGACAACAAACGGAUUUGAAAUAAUAUUUAUCAUGUGUGAUUUGUGUUUGUAUUGGUGAUUGUUUGCAUUUUGGUGGCAGGAUGUCCUACUACACCUCCCCACACUUUUUUCCCCAUAUACCACUACAUCGCUGGCUAUUUAGCAACACUCACCUAAAAUUGGUGGUUAUGUUAUAAAGGAACAAAAAAAAAAAUCACCUGCAAGGGACGAAAUGGGAAAAAAAAUCUAACAGGAGUGCAAAAACAAACGUUGAGCUGUUAAAAAUUAUAAGAUGUGUUGGUUGGGUUGUUUUUGAAAUUAUUUGUAUAUUUUUUUUUCCGCCAGGAAAUUCGUCGUUUGGCAUCUAUGCAAAACCAUACGAGAGCACGAAGCGAGGCAGACAAAGGCCCAGAAAGACACUGAUCCAAUGACAGCACUUUUGCUGCACACAUUCUCUCUCACACACACACCCAUAAGCAUUCAUAAAACACACACCCACACGCACACACACACACACACACUAGAAUCACACUUAGGAAACCUGACAAACAUGCUCUGGCCAAAAUCCUCAACUGAAGUCAACAGUCUGAUAUACACUGGAACUGACAAUGGAAGAUAUUUAUGACAUUAUUAAGUUAUUUAUAUCGUUUUGUUAGCCAACAGGGCUAUUCAAAUGGAGUUUUUAUUUAUUGCCAAUGUCUUAUUAUUAUUAUUAUUAUUAUUAUUAUUAUUAUUAUUAUUAUUAUUAUUAUUAUUAUUAUUAUUGAACAGGUUUUAUUAUUUAUUUUGUAAUUAUUGUUAAUAGUCAAUGGAAAUGAAGGAAACCCUAUUGGUGGCCAUUUUUUUGUUUUGUUUUGUUUUUUUGUUUUGUUUUGUUUUUCAUAGAAACUCAAAUCUUUCAACUUUGUAUUCAACCAACUGUGUGGUAAAAUAAAAUAACAGCAAAUGAGA